AUGGAUAUCCCUCCCUCCGUCGCCGCUGUCUUACACAUCAUAGGCGACUACUCUACUGAUCAAGGUCGUGUGGUCAUCAAUAACGCCACCCACACCGUCCAGACUUGGGUCUAUCGCACCUCUCACCCCGACUCUACAGCCGUUCCGUUAUGGAAAGAUCAGGAUUCUUUCGACGAUAUGAGGUAUUUGGUCAAAGAAAAAUACAAUAGCUCAGUAACUCGCGAGCCAGUUCAAGUUACUGUGGGGGACAGUCAACAUCGAUUGCGUCUACCUACUUUCGAUAACGACUCUGACGCUUCUGAAAUCCUGGCAACCGCAAAACAGCUCAACGUGGAGUCUGCUAUUCGCUACAUGAGCAUUCUCGCGAUCGAUUAUGACACCUUUGCAUCUGCGGAGUUUCAGUUGCCAGACAGCAUUCUUGAAGAGUUUGGAUUCAUUCAAAUCAAAGAUUCAGAGGACACGAUUGCUGAGUAUAAUGAAUCUAUCCAAAACUGGUGGAAAAAGUAUCAGUUCAUGUUCUCAAGACAUGUCAACUGCGAGCGCUUCGUCGCAACAAAUUCUGGUACACCCGCUCAGACUAUAGCCCGAGCCCCAAAGGAUGACGGUGCGAUUACCAAGAACUUCUCUCUAGAUGAGAAUGACGAGGGUGCACUGCUUGGUUUCUUGUUCACUCCGUGUCUUAAUUUCAAGACCGAUGGCGACAGUCGUCUCCACGGUUAUUUAGGUCGACCAAACCAGGAAUUCGCCCUAUUCAAGUCAGGCUUGAAGAAUUUGUGA